UUCGUAUCGCCGUAGACCGAGCACUUUCAAUGGCGCUUUCACGGCUUAGAAACCCAGUAAUCUCAAGAGCCGCCCCAUCUCUCUUCAAAGCUCGGUUUCUCUCUUCCUACGCCUCACCCAGAUCACUUUCUCGCACUUUAAAUGUGGAAAGCCCUUUCAAGGACUUUAAUGGCUCUCUAUUAAGCAGGCCCAAUUCUUUAUCCACCAUUAUUGGGGUUUGCAGUACUUCAUCAAUUCUCAAGUUGCAGAUUGGAGUUCGGCAUUUCUCAUCUGCAGACCUUCCUGAGCAUACAGUCCUGGGGAUGCCUGCUUUGUCUCCAACAAUGAGCCAAGGAAACAUUGCAAAAUGGAAGAAGAAAGAAGGAGAUAAGAUUGAAGUGGGUGAUGUACUCUGUGAAAUAGAGACAGAUAAAGCCACACUUGAGUUUGAAAGUCUUGAAGAAGGGUUUUUGGCCAAGAUACUAGUACCUGAAGGGUCAAAGGAUGUGCCUGUGGGACAACCUAUUGCAAUAACGGUUGAGGAUGCAGAUAAUAUCCAGAAGAUCCCUUCUAGUCUUGGGAGUGGAUCAGAUGUUGAGGAAAAAACAGCCCAUCAGGAUGUGAGAAACUCCGGAAAAGACGAGGAACAAAGUUCUGUUAACAUCAAUGCAUUAGACCUCCCUCCUCACAUUGUAAUUGGAAUGCCAGCACUCUCUCCAACAAUGAACCAGGGUAACAUCUUUAAGUGGAGGAAAAAAGAAGGGGACAAGAUAGAAGUGGGCGAUGUGAUAUGUGAGAUUGAGACUGACAAAGCUACCCUCGAAUUUGAGAGCCUUGAAGAGGGUUACCUGGCAAAGAUACUGGCUCCUGAAGGUUCAAAGGAUGUGGCUGUGGGAGAACCAAUUGCAGUAACAGUUGAAAAUCCAGAUGAUAUUGAAGCUGUAAAGACUUCUGUUGGUGGUGGUUCAGGGGUUAAAAUGCAAAAACCUACCCAUCAUGAAUCUAAAAGUGAAGUUAGAGAGCAGAAGUUUGGUUUUACAAAGAUCAGUCCAUCAGCCAAGUUGCUUAUUUCAGAAUAUGGAUUAGAUGCAUCAUCAAUAAAGGCAUCAGGUCCUCAUGGUACUUUGUUGAAAGGGGAUGUUUUGGCUGCAAUUAAGUCUGGAAAAGGAUCUUCUAAAAUUUCUUCAUCUGAGAAGAUAAAAACAUCACCUGAAGCCAGCCCUCAAAAAUCUACUUCAGCAAGGCUAGAGUCAAAGACUCAGCCACAGCAAUCAGAUUCUUUUGAAGACUUGCCCAAUACUCAAAUUCGCAAGAUUAUUGCGAAGAGGUUAUUGGAAUCAAAACAGAAUACACCACAUUUAUAUCUAUCUUCAGAUGUUAUACUGGAUCCUCUUCUUUGUUUUAGGAAGGAGCUUAAAGAGAAGCAUGAUAUAAAAGUUUCAGUGAAUGACAUUGUCAUUAAAGCGGUGGCAAUUGCUCUGAAAAAUGUACCUGAAGCUAAUGCUUAUUGGGAUGUUGAGAAAGGGGAAAUAAUUUUGUGUGAUUCUGUUGACAUAUCAAUUGCAGUUGCUACUGAGAAGGGUUUAAUGACUCCAAUCGUAAGGAAUGCAGAUCAGAAAUCCAUUUCAUCAAUCUCCUCAGAGGUCAAGCAACUAGCUGAAAAGGCAAGGGCUGGAAAGCUUUUACCAAACGAAUUUCAAGGAGGAACCUUUAGCAUUUCAAAUCUGGGAAUGUUUCCUGUCGACCAUUUUUGUGCAAUUAUAAAUCCCCCACAGGCUGGUAUCCUUGCUGUUGGUAGAGGAAACAAAUUUGUUGAACCGGUCGUUGGAAGUGAUGGGAUUGAGAGGCCUGCAGUUGUGACAAAAAUGAACUUGACAUUAUCUGCUGACCAUCGUGUGUUUGACGGCGAAGUUGGAGGUGCAUUUCUUUCAGCAUUACAAUCUAACUUCAGUGAUAUUCGGAGGCUUCUUCUCUGAUAACAUUUCGUCAUCGAAAUUUUGGAGAGAUCAGCUUUGGUGGAGGGUCUCUUUCUUGAAGAUAGUUAAUAAUUCUUGGAAAGGAUCAUGUUAUUUGUUCCAGAACCCAUUGCGGCAGCGAAUUUGUUGUGCAAUUCUGGUUACCAAAAUUUUGUCAAUAACGAGAACGCCAGUGAUGUAAAAUUUUGCAUGAUAUUAGGUUACCAGUGUCAUCAGAUUUUGAUGCCAUCUUGAGGGCUUAUUCUGCAAUUUCAUGAUUCCAUCUAAUAGAAAUGAUUGAUGGAAAAAUACGAAUACCAAAUCAAUAAUGAUUCUCUUUCAUGUAUUCUGUUUACAUUUCAUUUAGGUUUCGUUUGGUUAA